AUGGGAAACAUUAACUGCACCUUCCAAGAUCGGACAUGCUUCCCGUGGACGGACGAGAAUCAGAUGAAAUUACGGAGACGGCAGGAGGAGAAGGAGCGAGGGAAGGAAGUCGACGUCAACACCUGGAGAUACUCUUGGAUGAGCAAGAACGCACUGGCAAACAAGCUCUACAGCUACUGCGAGCAUGACCACGCGGAUGGCAUCAACAAUCUUUGUGUUGAGCACGGAGCCGUCAAGUACAUCAACUUCCUCAACCAGGAGGGCGUCGCUCCCCUGCAUGUGGCGUGCUUGCAUGGAUCUAAGAACGCCGUGCUCGUCCUACUCGCGCAUGGCGCCGACGCGAGCCUCAAGACGGCAGGAGGCGCGUCCCCACUACAGAUCGCGCGGGAGGCGAACCAGCCGGAGGUUGCCGACAUCCUGUCACGGGUGAGUCUCUCUGCGGAAGACGAGGAGGUGACACUGUCUCAGCGCGUCUCCUCCUUCUCGUCGUUGCGGCUGCCCAGCGCCAGGAGCAGACUAGAUAGCCUAGACAGCUCGAGCAUCCGGUCCGGCUUCCUCGUGAGGUCACCAGGAGCAGGAGGCGACGGAAGUUGGCCGACCAGCGCGAGACAAGGAAACCGCGAGGGCGAGUCGAUGGGGUAG